GCGCCGCGCCGUCCGCUAGUUAUUCGGCCGCCGCAGCACGCAACACACCACACAGACAGUGAUACACUGUGUGUGUCCGUAAUUUACGACGAAACUUUCGUCUACUCCACAACUUUACCGAGUUAUGAGAGCUUAGAUCUUCUUUUCGAAUAAAAAUCCAAAAACCAAAAAUGGAUCUGAAACUUGCGGUCGCGGUCUUGUUUUGUGUCGUGUCGGUUCGCGCUACCACCAACGAAAACUUCUUGAAGAUGUUCGAGGGGCAACAAACCCCCGCCGACCCGUGCUACGACGAAGAUCGACCCCGACGUUGUAUUCCGGAUUUCGUGAACGCUGCCUUCGGUGUUCCGGUGAAGGCUUCUUCGACUUGCGGUACUCACGCUCCGGUGCAUUAUUGUGAAGCCUCCGAACCCGGCGCUACACCGCAAUGCCACAUUUGCGACGACAAACAACCAAAAAGCAGAUUUUCAGCUGCACAUCUAACCGAUUUGAACAACCCGAAUAAUCUGACUUGUUGGAGAAGCGAACCUUUACCACCGGUAACCUCCAUUGACGCUCCUCCGGAUAACGUGACUUUAACCCUAAGUCUUGGGAAGAAAUACGAACUAACAUAUGUAAGCUUGCAAUUUUGUCCUAAUACACCUAAACCUGAUUCGAUCGCGAUAUACAAGAGCAUGGACUACGGGAAAACAUGGCAAGCCUUCCAAUUUUACUCUAGUCAAUGUAAAAGAGUUUAUGGUCGGCCUAAUAGGGCUACCAUAACUAAAGCGAACGAACAAGAAGCUAGAUGCACCGACGCUCAUCGAUAUACCGGAGGAGAUUCCCUAGGUUACGGACAAUCAUCUCGAAUCGCUUUUAGCACGUUAGAAGGAAGACCCAGCGCUUUUGAUUUUGACAAUUCUCCCGUUUUACAAGACUGGGUAACAGCCACGGACAUCAGAGUCAUCUUCAACCGUCUUCACAUGCCUGUAGAGGACAUUUCCGAUAACCUGGACCUUUUGGUCGACGAGAAACUCUUCAGCAAGCAUUUCGAUGAAGAAAACCUGACUAGGGAGCCGUCAGUUCAGCUGGUGAACGAAAUGCAAGCUCCGGACAACGACGCUUCUUCGGUUAACCCUAAAACCACCAUGACUGUGGAUAUGGCUUCGAACGGAAUCCACGGAUACCAUCAGGUGACGCACCAAUACGCCGUGGCAGAUUUCGCUGUGGGAGGACGAUGCAAGUGUAACGGUCACGCGAGUCGGUGCGUGACGGGUCGUGACGGACAAUUGGCCUGCGAGUGUAAACACAACACGGCGGGAAAGGACUGCGAGCGGUGUAAACCCUUCCAUUUCGACAGGCCCUGGGGCAGAGCCACUGCCAAAGACGCGAACGAAUGCAUAGCCUGCGAAUGUAACAACCACGCCCGCAGAUGUCGCUUCAACAUGGAACUGUACAAGCUGUCGGCCAGGACGUCCGGGGGCGUGUGCAUGAAAUGCCGCCACUUCACCGCCGGCAGACACUGUCACUACUGUAAGGAAGGUUAUUACAGGGACUCCACCAAGUCCAUCACUCACCGCAAGGCGUGCAAACCAUGCGAUUGUCAUCCAAUUGGAGCUUCAGGAAAGACAUGCACUCAAGCCACCGGUCAGUGUCCGUGCAAAGAUGGCGUCGUUGGCCUCACGUGCAACAGAUGUGCCAAGGGUUAUCAACAGAGCAGAUCACGAGUUGCUCCAUGUAUAAAAAUACCAAUUGUACAAAUGAUGGCAACUGAAGAAGACGACGAUGGUUACAAUGAAGAAGAUCCAGAUGCGACAUCAUCGGGAGAUCACUGCGGAAAGUGCAAAGCAGCAACAAAAAGAUUAAAUCUGAACAAGUAUUGCAAAAGGGAUUACGCCAUAAUGGCAAGAGUCCUAUCCGAAAUCGAAAACAGCGAAGACGAAUACACCAAAGGAUGGGCCAGGUUCAUGAUCAACGUCGAGACCAUCUACAAAAAGGCACGAGAUUCCAGAAUUAGAAAGGGCACCAUGCAGAUGUUGGUGCCUAUGGCCGACUUGAACUGCAAAUGUCCCAAAAUUAAAUCCAACAGGGCCUAUUUGUUCCUGGGCAGAGAAAAGGACGAUAUUCCCGGUGGCAUAGUGACAGGGAAACUAGGAGUGACUCAGAGGUCGAUCGCUAUCGAGUGGCGCGACGAAUGGGAUCAGAGGAUGCGCAGGUUCAGGCGCAGAGCUCGAAAAUGCAAAUAAGUUAGCAUAAGCGAGGAGCGCAAGAGGAAGUCAUCCGCCAACGGUUUUACUGUGAUUUAAUUUAUAUUUAGUUCUGCUGAUUGAAGUUACACAAAAGCGUUGCUUGCCUUGGUAUGAUUUAGCCAACUAACUUACAAAUUAUAAUGCUGAAAAAAGUAUUCUUUUAAGUAAGUGUACUACACCUUUGACAGGUUUAUUCCUUUAGUUUUCUCUGAAUAUCGCUACUGAAUUAAUAUAUGUGUAUUACGUAAAAAAUCUUUAGGCUGUAGAAAAUGAUUUAGAAAUAAAUAUUAAAAGAAAUUGAUAUUUUAUAUUUGUAGAUUUAUUUUAUACGGUUAUUGUUUUAACUAUUUUGGAUCAAGAAUUAAUACAACAUGAUCAGAAAGUUUAUGGUCUGGUGUGUUUUGAAUGAUGACAGAUAAACAACUCUCGUGAGAAAUUAAACAAAAAUUAUUUUAUCUGUCAUUGUAAAAACUUACUUGAUCAUAAAAUUUUUCAAUCAUACGGGUACAUGAAAUGACAAAAUGGGUAAAAAUAUAUGAAUUACCUACUUUGCAGGCACUCCCAUAAAUAUGUUUAAAUACUUUUUAAAAUUAUAAUUUAUAACGUGUAAGUAUAUAUCAUAAAUAUGUAUGUAAAAUAAUUUACUUUACAAUAUACAGGGUGGUCCGAAC